AAAAACAAAUUAAGUAAUAUCAAACAAACUUAGAAACACUGGCGGGUGGAAUAGUUAUCGAUAGCGGAAAGGUGGGUAAAUACUGUCCAAGAAAAUUAACGGGCUACUUAUUAUUGAGUUGCCUUCUUGCUGUUGCAGGAGGUUUGAUUUUCUGCUAUGACGUCGGAAUUUCAGGUGGAGUUACAUCAACGCGGAUACUUUUGGAGAAAAUUUUCCCACCGGUGUAUAGACUGCAGAUGACGGACUCAGGGACAAACCAGUACCGGAAAUUCAAUAGUGUCAAAUUAACUAUGUUAACAUCCUCCUUAUAUUUGGCUGCACUAGUAGCUUUUAUUGUGGCAUCCACUGUCACGAGAAAGUGGGGCCGCAAGCGAUCCAUGUUGGUUGGAGGGCUCCUCUUCCUUGUUGGUGCGGUUGUUAAUGCCGCUACUCAAAAUGUUGUCAUGCUUAUCAUCGGUUGUAUACUUCUUGGUUUUGGCAUUGGCUUCAUUAGUCAGUGCGCAAUGAAGAAAAAGCUUGAAUCUCUUGGGGAAACAGUAACACCUUCGCUUCUGUAUACUAAUGGAAAUUUGACACGUAAACCAAUCCAUAGUUUCUACUCACCAUUAACAGGUAACUCUGACCUGAAAAGCAUCCCUGAAUUGCGUUACAAAUCCGUUCUUGGUUCUUCCUAUGGCUGGUUAAUUCUAUUCGACUCCACCCAAAUCAAAAAUAAUUUCUCUUUGUUCAAUCCUGUCACUUUAAACACAAUAAAUCUUCCUCCUUUAGAUCUCCCUCCAUUACUAGCUGAACCAGAACAACUCAAAAAUGUCAAAAUCGGCCUUAAUUCAUCACCUGACUCAGAUUCAGAUUCAGACUCAGAUGAUUGUUUGUUGAUCAUCUGUUAUAACGGUGUUGGUCGUAUGUUAUCCUGCCGUCCUGGGCAGCCUAAUUGUAAUUGGGUCAUACAAAAUCUGGAGAUUGAAGACUUGUUGUUGGAAGUUAUAGAAAUCUUUACCCUCUCCAGGGUCAUGUAUGUCUAUGCUAAAGGCUUAAUGGGACGAAGAGCACCCUCAUUCUAUCAAGUGUCUCCAUAUUCAACAAACACCAAAAUUAAGCCUUGCAAUAUUCAUCUGCCUGACUAUGAUAUACCUGGUCCUGCUGCUGCUACAGUUGUUGAACACUUGGUUGAAUCAUGUAACUGUCUUUAUUAUGUUUUUAUAAGCAAAGAUACUGGACUACACAUGGAGUUUAAAGCCAUUAAAGUUUAUAAGCUCAACUUUGACGACAAUCUUUGGACUGAGAUCAACUCUUUGAAUGAUCGGGCUUUUUUCCUGGGGCGUAAUUGUAAUUCCACCUGGUGUUGGGGAACUACAGAUACAGAUACAGAUACAGAUACAGAUGAUUAUAAAUCACAAUCACAAGGAGAUAUCAAAAGGAACUGUAUCUACUUUUAUCUCCCUCCUACUCUUGAUGAGCCACAAGUAUUUCCCUUGUACUCAUACAACCUACAUGAUCAAAGUUUAACUGCUCUUUGUCCUUGCUCGAACCUAGUAUACCCCAGCAGCUGUCCUGUUUGGGUGGAUACUACUGAUCCAAGGUUAUCUGUGAAAGAGGGGUUCGAGAAUGCAGACUGCAUUACUCAUGGAGAGUUACAGAAUCCAACAGAAUGCUGUGAGCUUGGGUUGUCACAAGGAAACAGGUUCAGUGAGCUUCCUCUUGACUUGGUAGUAUUGAUUUCAAAGAGUAUGCAUUUGUUCGAGUAUUGGAACUUCCGCGCUUGUUGCAAAACAUAUCGAUCAUUAUGUCCUGCACCUCAAUGGAGAACUAAUAACGCGUUCCCCUUGUUCGUGUUCUUUAAGAACAGGAAUAACUUGUGUGAAAUGAUUGAUCCAUCCCGGCAUGAUUCACGCUCAUGUCCAUAUUCAUCUGAUUCUCUAAACCUGCAGUUCUGCAACUAUGGUUGGCUGCUCACCUUUGUUGGUAAACGUAGUAUGUUGCGUGCAUUUAAUUUGUUCACAGGAGAGAGGAAGGAUUAUCAGUGUUUUAGACACCAAAGUAGGAUGACCUCCAUUGCCUUCUCAACCAAUCCAACUAGCUCCGAGUGUUUGACAGUUGGAAUUUAUGCUCCUGGUGAUGGUACUGUUACCAUCUGGUACCUUCAACAUGCAGAUCCGGAUACAAAAUGGAUCAAAACUUGGCAUCAUAUUGAAAAUAUCAAAUUUCAUGGUGGUGCUUGUAGUCCCAUCUUUCUCGCAGGAGCUUUUUAUUUCUUGGAUGUGAAAGGAUAUCUUGGAGUAUCCCAACUGGUUGAUGGGAAAGCAAGUUUGAAAAUCUAUGACAAGCCACCAAUCGUCGAACAAAUCUUUUCAAUUCAUCUGCUUGAGUGUGCAGGAGAAGUCUACUCUGCCUUCGUUAUGAACAACUCAAUUCAAGUGUUUAGAUUUGAUGAAUCAAUCAAGAGUUGGGUUCAAGUUAAUCGCUUGGAAAAUCACUGUUUCUUCAUCAGUCGUGCAUCAUCUUUUUCAACAUUUACCAGCAAUUCCGGUAUGAAAAAUAGAAUCUACCUCCCAAAGUUGAGAGAAAAUAAAAUGAUCUUCUACUCUCUGGACUCAAGAAAGUUUCAUGUUUCGGGUAGUGAUGAGGAUGCCUUGGAUGAUACAUACGGCUUAAACGAACCAUUGAAAUGCUUUUGGAUAUGAAUGUAUUUUUUGGUUUUUGUUAUAAACAGCUAAUAUAUAUCAGCAUUUGAAAUUUAUUUA